AGACUCACUGGACCUUCAGGGUAUGUAACGGAUGGGCCUGGAAAUUACAAAUACAAAACAAAGUGCACCUGGCUCAUUGAAGGAAGGCCAAACACAAUCCUUAGGCUUCGAUUCAAUCAUUUUGCCACGGAGUGCAGUUGGGACCACUUGUAUGUGUAUGACGGAGAUUCAAUUUACGCUCCCUUACUGGCAGCUUUUAGUGGUCUUAUUGUUCCUGAGAAAGAUAGCAAUGAAACGGUACCAGAAGUUGUAGCUACUUCUGGAUAUGCUCUUCUUCAUUUCUUCAGUGAUGCUGCCUAUAAUUUAACAGGAUUUAACAUCACGUAUAAUUUCAAUAUGUGUCCCAAUAAUUGCUCCGGCCGAGGAGAGUGCAAGCUCAAUAACAGCAGCAAUGCUCUGGAAUGUGAAUGUGCCAAAUACUGGAAGGGAGAAGCUUGUGAUAUUCCCUACUGCACAGAAGACUGUGGGGCACCUGAGAGAGGGCAUUGCAACUUUAAUGAUACUAAGGCGUGUUUGUGCUCUGCAGACUGGCAAGGUCCUGGCUGUUCAAUUCCUGUUCCUGCAAACCGGUCGUUUUGGACCCGGGAGGAAUACUCUCUUCCGAAACUUCCUAGAGCAUCUCACAAAACUGUAAUCCAUGACAAUAAAAUGUGGAUUGUUGGAGGCUAUGUCUUCAAUCAUUCUGACUCUCAGAAGGUUUUAGCGUAUGAUCUUAUUUCUGAAGAGUGGCUUCCAUUGAACAACACUGUGAACUCCGUAGAGAUGAGAUACGGUCAUUCAUUGGCAUUACAUAAGGAUAAAAUAUACAUGUAUGGUGGAAAAAUAGAUGCAACGGGGAACGUGACCAGCCAGCUGUGGGUGUUCCACAUUCCCAGCCAGAACUGGACUCAAGUGACGCUGCAGGCCAAGGAGCAGUACGCUGUUGUUGGCCAUUCAGCACACAUUGUCACCCUGAAAGACAACAGCACGGUCAUGCUCGUCAUCUUUGGGCACUGCCCUCUUUACGGGUAUAUCAGCAAUGUCCAGGAAUACAACCUGGGCACAAAUACAUGGAACAUUUUACAGACGAGCGGAGCUUUGGUUCAAGGAGGGUACGGUCACAGUAGCGUUUAUGAUUCAAGCACAAGAUCAAUUUAUAUCCAUGGAGGUUACAAAGCAUUCAGUGCCAACAAAUACAGGCUAGCAGAUGACUUAUACAAAUAUGAAGUUGAUUCCCGUAUGUGGACUAUUCUUAAAGACAGUAAAUUUUUUCGCUAUUUGCACACGGCUGUGAUAGUGAGUGGAACCAUGCUGGUGUUUGGGGGAAACACACACAACGACACCUCCAUGAGCCACGGCGCAAAGUGCUUUUCUUCAGAUUUUAUGGCAUAUGAUAUUGCUUGUGAUCGGUGGUCUGUUCUUCCUCGCCCGGGUCUCCAUCACGAUGUGAACAGGUUUGGACAUUCUGCUGUGCUAUACAACAGCACCAUGUAUGUAUUUGGAGGCUUCAACAGCCUCCUCCUGAGUGACAUACUGAAGUACACACCGGAGAGAUGUGAAGCUUUUGACAACGAAACGGCCUGCCUGCGAGCAGGUCCUGGUGUCAGAUGCGUGUGGGUCCAUUCUCACUGCGUCCCCUGGGAAAUGGCGACGGUGGCGCAGCGACAAAAGGUCUUUGAAGACUGUCCUCCCAAACCAGUUGUAGACAAUGAAAAAUGUGAUCAGAUUACAGACUGCUAUAGCUGUACAGCAAAUACAAACAACUGUCAAUGGUGCACUGACCAGUGUAUCUCAAUGCAUAACAACUGCACAGAGGAACAGGUUCCUAUUACUCUAUAUGACAAUUGUCCUAAGGAUAACCCUGCCUAUUAUUGUAACAAAAAGACAAGUUGUAAAAGCUGUGCCAUGGAUCAAAACUGUCAGUGGGAACCUAGGAAUCAGGAGUGCAUCGCUUUACCAGAAAAUAUCUGCGGAACAAACUGGCAUUUGGUUGGCAACUCCUGCUUGAAAAUUACAAAUGCAAAGGAGAACUAUGAUCAUGCCAAACUGUCCUGCAGAUCUAAUGGUGCUUUGCUGGCUUCCCUCACGACCCAGAAAAAGGUAGAAUUUGUUACAAAAGAGCUGCAGAAGAUGCAGUCUUCGUCAAAAAUUUUAACUCCGUGGGUUGGACUGAGGAAAAUCAAUGUGUCGUAUUGGUGUUGGGAAGACAUGUCUCCCUUCACCAACAACCUGCUCAAGUGGCUCCCCGAUGAACCAAGCGAUGCUGGGUUUUGUGGUUAUUUAGCUGAGCCUUUCCAGCAGGGACUGAAGGCAGCAACGUGUAUCAACGAAGUCAAUGGCAGCAUCUGCGAAAGGCCAGCUAACCACAGCGCCAAGCAGUGCCGCACGCCCUGCGCCCUGCGCACCGUGUGCGGGGAGUGCACCAGCGGCAGCUCCGAGUGCAUGUGGUGCAGCAACAUGAAGCAGUGUGUGGACUCCAACGCUUACGUGGCCUCUUUCCCCUACGGGCAGUGCAUGGAGUGGUACACCAUGAGCAGUUGUCCACCUGAAAACUGUUCAGGCUACUGCACGUGUGCUCACUGUCUGGAGCAGCCCGGCUGCGGCUGGUGCACUGAUCCCAGCAACACUGGGAAGGGGAAGUGCAUCGAGGGCUCCUACAGAGGCCCCGUCAAGAUGCCAACCCCGUCCGCAACAGGGAAACACAGCUUGGAGCCUGUCCUUAACGUCAGCAUGUGUCCUGUGGAGAACAACUAUAAUUGGUCCUUUAUUCAGUGUCCAGCCUGCCAGUGUAAUGGGCACAGUAAGUGUGUAAAUGAAAGCAUCUGUGAGAAGUGUGAAAAUCUGACAACUGGCAAACACUGUGAAACUUGUAUCUCGGGCUACUAUGGUGAUCCCACUAAUGGAGGAACAUGUCAGCCUUGCAAGUGCAAUGGCCACGCGUCUGUCUGCAACACAAAUACAGGGAAAUGUUUCUGCACCACCAAGGGAAUAAAAGGAGACGAGUGUCAACUGUGUGAAGUUGAAAACAGAUAUCAGGGAAAUCCACUUAAAGGAACAUGUUACUACACUCUUCUCAUUGACUAUCAGUUCACCUUCAGCCUUUCUCAAGAGGAUGAUCGCUAUUACACAGCAAUCAACUUUGUAGCAACACCCGAAGAGCAAAACAGAGACCUGGACAUGUUUAUCAAUGCAUCUAAAAACUUCAACCUCAACAUUACUUGGUCCACAAGUUUUGCAGCUGGCACACAGGCUGGGGAGGAAAUUCCAGUUGUUUCAAGAACCAAUAUAAAAGAAUACAAGGACAGUUUCUCCAAUGAGAAGUUUGAUUUCCGCAACAAUCCAAACAUCACUUUCUUUGUUUAUGUCAGCAAUUUCACCUGGCCGAUAAAAAUACAGAUUGCAUUCUCACAACACAGCAACUUUAUGGAUCUGGUACAGUUCUUUGUGACAUUUUUCAGUUGUUUCCUGUCUCUGCUCCUGGUGGCAGCUGUGGUUUGGAAGAUUAAACAAAGUUGCUGGGCAUCACGACGAAGAGAGCAACUACUCCGUGAGAUGCAACAGAUGGCAAGUCGCCCCUUCGCCUCCAUCAACGUUGCCUUAGAAACAGAUGAAGAGCCGCCAGAUCUCAUUGGGGGAAGCAUAAAGACUGUACCAAAGCCAAUAGCACUGGAGCCCUGUUUUGGGAACAAAGCAGCUGUUCUCUCUGUAUUCGUGAGGUUGCCUCGAGGACUUGGGGGUAUACCACCACCAGGACAGUCAGGUCUUGCAGUGGCCAGUGCGCUGGUGGACAUUUCACAACAGAUGCCAAUUGCCUACAAAGAGAAAUCGGGUGCAAUACGGAAUCGGAAACAGCAGCCCCCUGCACAGCCAGGAACCUGUAUUUGAUGCAUGGACAUCAGAAACUGUAUAGGGUUUUAAACAAAACGGAAAAGUAAUACCACGGAGGAGAAGGAUUUCCAAGUUGUGUCACAAGAGACUAGAAGCACUCAGAAAAACACAACUUCCUUGAACCCAACUUUUUUCUCAUCUACGUGAUAGUUGGCUUUAUUUGACAACUGCUCCACUUAAGUUUUACUGACACGUGACUUCAGAUUGCUCCUUUGUUUUCUUCAAGUUUAAAGUAAAAUAAUUUUAUUGCAGGUCCAGUAACAUCCGAUUGCCACCAUUCAUGGUCAGUGUAAAUAGAACAGUAGUCCAAUAUAAAAGACACUCAGGUUUAUACAUGGAAAGUGCUUUGUAGUUCAUGUAUUUAUCAAACUGUACAAAAAGAAAAAGAUGCAGUGUUUACAGGUGUCAGCUCUCAACACAUAAACACUACUAUUAAUCUUCAAAGCAUCUUCAUCCUUUGUUUUCAUUUAAUAUUGUAUGUUUAUUCUCCCAUUGUUUAAGUGGAACUCUCUUCCAGAUAACAACGUUUUUGUAGUCAUCGUGUUCCAGAACAUCAGGAACACAAAAGCUGGGAUGGUGUAACGGUUGAUGUCGCGUGUUGCUCAGACCACAUGCAAUACCUGAAUGUUGCUUUUGAAGGACUCAGUGUUUACAUAGUCUUAACCUGCUUGGAGUACACCACACACAAGUGCCUAGACUUGAACAGAUCUAGGGAGUGAGGAGACUGCUACACACAUUUCUUUUUAACAUAAUUAUAUUACUUUUAAAUAUGCAUAUACACACACACACACUCACCCAAGGCAAUCUGUGUGCUCUGUAAUACAUCACGUGCAGUCAGGGGAAAAAGGCAUUUUCCUGACCAACAAGCUGCUCGACCACGUGGAAAUACCUGGAGGAAAAGUAGAGUUUCAGUAUCUCAUAAGAAAACUCCUGGUUUCACCAGUGCUUUUAAUAGAAGCAGUUUGUGUUCCAGGUCAGAUACAUUAUAGUUCUUCUGAUUUUCUCUGCCCAUUUGGCCUUUUUCCUCCCCCUUCCCUUAUGCCGUUCUUCUGGACAAGAGCUGAGCUGUGCCAGGGCUCAGAGACAUCACUCCUCAGCAGUAAGAUUUGCUUCAUCUCCUUACAGGAUGUAAGAAGCAACACUCCGGGUGCCAGAUCAUUUCAGAAUGAAGUAAAAAAGAACUUUAAAUAAAAAGCAAGCAGAGCAGCUUCAUUUGGCCACAGGUUUGAGUUCAACAUGAUCAGUCACUGAUUCUUCCCAUUGGAGUUGAACUGUCUUAGAUGCGGAAGAAGGUGGAUUGUUGGUGAAAGGUAGGGACUUGUAAACAGCGAAGAGAAGGUUUGGCUUCUGGGGCAUGUAUCAAACCAUCAGAAGUACUCUGACUAGUUGGGAUGCUGUUUCGAGGUUUGAGGUUGGACUUAACCCAUCAGUCUGUGCGUGGUGGUGCCCAGUGUCCCCCUCGAUUCUGGAACAUGGCACAGUGCCGGGGCCACAGGUGUUGUGAUGUCGAAGCUGGUAGGAAGACGUUACAUGAAGGUGCCAAACGAGGCGUGUAAUUGUUGCUUAAUCACAGUAAGUGCUGUUUCAUUCAGGUUGCUGAGUCGCUGGUUUCUGAGGACAUCUAGUAUGUAUGAAACGGAGAAGUAACAAAUCGAGGGGAGUGAAGGAAAAUGCUCUUGAAUCUUCUGGCCAGGUAGCACCCUUUUCCAAAAUGAAACUCGAGUAACUGCAUCUUUUUUUGUGCACGUUUUGGUGAUGGAUUGCAUAUCAGCCACUUUUUUUUUUUUUAAACCAUAUAUUUUGAAGAAGCUCCUUGGAGCACAGCAGCAUCGCAAUAAAGAUGUGGAUUGCUGUGCGUGUUCGGACAGCAGUGAUGGGGGACAGCCUGCUGGUUUAAAGACCGUGGUGUAUUAUAAUUCUGAGUUAAUGUGUCAUUUAACAAAUACAACAGGACUGCAGAAAACAUAUGCUGGGAAAAAAUGCAUUUUUAUAUAUAUAUCUGUGUGUGUAUGUAUAUAUAAAAUGCAUCUUUUUCUAAAUGAGAAGUUAAAUGCCCUCUGGGGAAAAGACGUUAUGGGAGGGAAAGGGGUGAGCUUUGUCUUUUAGAAUGAAGGGGUUUAGGCAAUUUAAGUUUUAACGAUGCACAGAUUACCUCAGACAGAUUCAUCUCCUGAAAAUACUUUCUAACUUCCUAUGUGUAUAGGGCUAACCUGAACUAGAGAAAUACUGGACUAAAAUCCCUCCCUUAUUAUUACUUUCCAUGUUUUUAGUCAUGAUGCACGUCCUCAUGUUCAGAGAUGUCUUCUUGCUUCUCCGACACUACUUUGGGAGGAAAACUGCCAAUCCAAAUUGAGAAAGCUCUUGUGCUUAAGUCUCCAUAUUCAGGACAGCACUUAAGCAGGUGCUUAAAGUUGUUGCUUAGGUUUUCCUGAAGAAACAGCUUUCAGAACAAUAGGCCUGGAGGAUUGAUAUAUUUUUGCAUUAACAAAAAGACAUGAAUAUGUUUUGUUCUCUUCCCUGCCCUUGGAGAGCUGGGUUGUCUCAUCUCAAAAGCUUAUGGUGAAGUGUGCCCAGAAGUGUAGCCAUGAAGAUAAGUGUCAGAUAUUGGAAAGAUGAGCAAAAAUGAUCAAACUUUGAGGUUUAGCAGAACCAAAAAAUGUAAAUAGAGGAACAAGACUUAUUUAUAUAAAUAAAAUGAAACAGCUCCUUUAGGAUGUAGCUCUGCUCUGCAUCUUAUCUCCAUACUGAUGAGGGAAAGAGAGAAUUCUCAUACAUAUCUCUGCUGCAAACAGUUUCAUCCCAACUUAAAGGUAAAAUUGAGACAAAGGUGGGAAUGGAUGGGGGGAAGAAGAAUUGCUGGUAGUUUAUCACCAGGCCAAUAUCAAAAGUGAAGGAUUUGUGGGUUUAUUUCUUUUGGAGGUGAGGGGGGCGGGGAAAGAGCAACUUUACUUCAUGGGAGAAUCUGUAAAUAAAUGAAAAAUAACACACCGAUUUUGCACUUGUACAUAAACUAUACAGUAGCGUGCAGAACAUUGAAAGAUUUAAAGUGUAUAUAAACCAGAAAAAAUAUUGAAUGUAUUUUUGAUGCAUUUUAAAUGAUGUAUGAGUUUUGUCUUAAUAACUUCUUCAUAUGAUGAGUAUUAGAUAACUUUCCAGAGCUUUAAAGAAACAUCAAAUUAUAUUCGUGAUAUCUUGCAGUAUAAAGCAGGGAGGCAUAACUUGACUUUUAUGUAUUCAAAUGCAUUUCACUUAAAUGUAUAAGCGAAGUAAAAUACGACUCUUCCAUUUGAAAGGGGAAAAAACCAAUGCUUGAAGACAGGUAAUAAAUGUACUUAAAGUAGUCAUUACUUGGAGGAUUAAGUCAGCAGUUUAAGCCUCUACCAUUAAGAUUGUGGCAGUGAUUUCCAUUAAAAAUCACUAUUUUCAAGCGUUUAUAACUGGCUGAAAUUCAGCAUUCAAGAUCUCAACCCUCAGAACAUUUUUAUUCUUUGAAAGUAACCUUUCCAAAAAUUUAAUCAAAAAUCAGAAAUGUUGUAGCCCUUUUAUUCUAGAAAGCACGAGUGCCAUCAGAUCUCCAAAUAACCUACAUUUUUUUGGUUCACCAUUUUCCAUUCUUUUUAGCUCAGGAUUUUCUCUGGACUACUGUAGCAUGAGUGAAAGGAAACCCUGCCGUGGUAUGGUCAAUAUGUUAGAUACAAGAUGAUUUAUGGACACAACUUUGAGUUAUUGCCACUCUCCCUGGGCUUAAAAUGCGCUGUAUUGAAAUGGCUGAAAUAAAGCUAUACACGAUGGGGUAAUGCCUGUGAUUAGCAUAAAGUCAUAGCAUAUAAGCUUCCAAAAUUUGAUGGUAUGGUACCCUAAAAGCAUGACAGCCUCUGUUGGCAGAUGCACACUUCCUUAGGGGUCAUUUGUAUACUAAAUAUUGCUCAGAAACAUCAUUUUCUCUGCCGUAAAAGUUUACUAAAGUGCUAUAUAGUCCCUGGGUUUAUACUAUGGUUUUUAAAUGACAGCUCAGCUUGGUUGGCCCUAAAUUAACUAAGAUGAACUUUUGAUGAAACACUUUCCUCGCUCAAGAGGCUGAAAUAAAACUUGAGGCUUUUCCCAUAACCUGCUGAAAGUCCAGCACUGCAAAGAUGAGGCUGAUUCUCCAUCCUUGGCUGCUCCUGAUGUUAGCAGCUGCUUUUUCUUUUCCACGACUCCCCAGGUUAGGGGCUGAUGCAUCAGCUGCAUCUCUGAAGCCACAAAACCCUGUUCCCUGCAAAGAGGGAUUUGCUGUCCCUGAGCUUGAAGAAUGGACCCUACAUGCCAGGAGCGACUUUCAAAUUCAUCCAUCCGUCCGUCCAACUCAGCAGGCUGCAGACACCACUUCUUGUCACGUUUCCUUUUUGUCUUUGUUUGGGAACAUGCCAGGGGAAGGGGAGAGCGGAGGGGGUUGGGUCUCAGGAGCCUCCUGAGCGAAGCUGCAGGAGCAGGUUGGGAACAUGUUUUAAAUGGAAAGGUGUGACUGGAAGCUGCACACCCCAGCGUUUGGAGACACGGGAGCAAAGGGAAGGGAGAGGGGCAGGUGUGUGUUUCUUAUUUUCAGAUGUGUUGGCCAUUCUAGUCAAAUUCCUGCUUUUUCUGUUGAUAGCUGCUUAAAUAAGGUGAGUUUCCCAUGCUAGGAAUACAAUAAUGUGUAUGUGCUGUUUUUUUCUGCUUCUGCACCAGGGCAGAUUUUGUUCAGUUUAUUACUUUGUUCUAACACUACACAUGGACUAUUCUUGUGUGUCUUCCAGGUACUAUAGUUCUUUAGACAUUUCCUCUACAUUUAUCGUUGACUCCACAAACCUCACGAUAAUAAAGAAGAAAAAAAAAAAAAAUUGUGGAGGAGUGUAACAUAUGUCGGUCCAUUAUUUUUUUUAAAAAAGAAAAAGGAAAAAAAAAAAAAAGGAGUUUUCUAUUACUCUGAAAUUUGUGCACAAUAAGUGUUCUUUACACUAGGAUCCUUGAAUUAAUUGUAUUCUGGAUUUUUUUUUUGUUCUGUAAUUAUUUACGAUUCUUAUCUGUGUUCAGACUUGAGCUUAGUUUGUUAAUAUGUAUAAUUUAGCAUUUAUUGCAUUCAUAUGUAAAUACAAGCAAGUAUUGUAAACUAUUUCAUUGCUGGGGAUUGUGGGUGUUAUACAUACACACAUUUAGGACUGCAGUUUUUGGUAUAAUUUUUUGUAUUGUAAAAUAACAGCUAAUUUAAAGCAGGAACGAGAAAAUUAUUGGGAGAUCUGUGCAUUUUAAAUACAAAUGUGAAGUACAUGUACAUAAAUAAAAGUAAAUAAUGAAAAUCUUUCCUCUGAAAUAAAAA